AUGGAUUUCAUUGCUGCGCAGAUGGAUCAGCUUCGUGAGCAUUUGAACUUUGACCCAACGCCACAACCCCAUCCUUCACCCCCAAACUCCCACGUUCCACCAACCCACCCUCCAGCUCUCAGUUACUACGCAGACCAGCUCUCUCCCGCGCCGGAGGUGAGGGCUAACAGCACAGUCACCCUGAAGAAUCGGGGUUUCCACCUCCACAAUCUGUCUUACGCAGGGCCCAUAGUAAUGGGAGUGGGAGGUUUCAUUGUGGUGGCAGCUUGUGUGAUGACAUUCGAAGCACGAGACAGUGCCGCCAAGGUUGUGCCUACGAGGCUGAAGUACUCCACAACACAUCCCCACCGCCACAGCAAGCUUAGCCCUGCAGUGUCCAGCAAGCUCCACUCUUCUGUGCGCACGGACAGUCGGCGCAGUACGACUAAAUGGGAGCAGACAGCCGUGUUCAGAGCGCCUGCCGUGUCCCCGGCCGCCAGUGAGGCUCUGAACCGUCGGGCUCUCACUGCGGCAUUCAUCCAGUUCUCCAAGAAUCUCCAGCAGGCCGGCCCGAUGCAACCGGCCAUCAGCAAGAGUCCCUCAGCUCCGAACCUUGCCGAAGCGAAACUUCCGACGCCUACAGUUUCUCCUUUCCUAAAGUCUCAUGUUUCUCCGAGGCAGAGACAGAAAAGGAGCAGAAAUUCCUUACACCCAUCCGACAGCGGUUGCACUCUACUGAAUCCUCACGCUUUGUUACAACGGCAGGCUCUCUCUAUGGACAAUCCCGACUACAACCCUUACUUUUCUCCUCCGCAUUCGCAACAGCUCAGCAGACAACACAGUGGGAAGGGCAGUAAGGAAUCGCUGGAAGUAGAUUUAGGCGCGGUGUGUCAAGCCCACGGAUCUCAAGCUUCCAUGGCUAUGGACCUGCACCUCCCUAACGAUUGUCCGGUGACCUUGAGAGUCAGAGACAAAACAAAAAGAUCCGAUACGGCAAAGAGACACGCUUUUGUCAGACAAACGCAAAUCGUUGAUGACGAAGAAACGGACCGAAGAGAAACCCAUUCUUGUAGUCCGAGACUCUCCAGUCAUCAUCCGAGAUCCUACGAUGAAAUCAGGCCUUAUUCCAGAUCAACGCCACAUAGCAGAAGAGAAUCGUUGACUAAAGCACCGUCGUUGAGAUCCAAUACGGAGGAACAUCCGAGGUCUCGGUCAAACACUGGGGAUUCGCGGAGGAGUUCAAUAUCAAAGAAAAGGUUUUCCAGAACAAAUACAGAGGAAAGAAAAAGAAGGGGUUCGACCACAUCAGAUAAAAGGAAAGACGGUAAUGUAUCUCGUUCCAGCUCUUAUGAGAAACGAAGACAACAUUCCAUCUGCUCCGGGAAGUCAGAACCACCUGGCGAGUCGGGAAGCGAUGCUACUCCAGAGGAACUGGAUAGGAAGUCUGAAACUUACAUAGUUAUAGAAGAAGUUGAUGUUCAACUUCCAACAUGUUCAGGUGCUGAAGAGGUAGUAAUGGGUGAUUCAGGUGAGGCAACUUGAUACACGGUUUUCAAGGAUGGAUAAGUUUGAAUCAAUCUCUUGGCAUAAGAGAAUAGUAUUAGCUUUGGUUCCAGAGAGGGAGUUUGUGGAAUGCGUUCUGGAUAUUCUGUGGAAGCGGAUGGCACAUGCUAGGUAGAGUAGAAGAUAGAAAAUUCGUGUACAUUGUCUACAAUACAUAAUAUUUUCACUAGCAUAGUAUAUGUUGUUACGAUUUACGAAGGAAGAAAUACUCCAAAUUACGGUAAAUAUACGUAUGAUCACCGUGAGACCAUAGUAUUCACACAUUAAAAUUGGUUAAUUUAUGAGAUAUUUAUACUACAAUCCCAUACUUGAUGUUUAAAGAUCUCAAAGGUAAAAAUGUGAGUUUAUUUCAAAGUUAACCUAUUUUCAGAAAACUUUAUUACUACUGAAUCUAAAAUCUAAUAACUUUUGUCUUGUGGUGGUCUGCUGGUGUAACAGGCAUUUUUUAAUAUCUAGCGCCAUCAUUAUUUUGUGGAUUUUUACAUAUCAUACUUUUCCGACUAAUGGAUUUGAGUUGUGAAAUUCCGUCCAAAAACUGUAUUUUGCUGUUUUCACAUUUGCACAUCUAGUAAUGCUCGUUUAAUUAAAAUGUAGCUCUCAUAUAAUUUUCUGUGACGAUCUUUCAAACCUAGUAUUUUCUUUAACUGAGUAGCGCGUUUGCAAAUUCAACACGUUAUCAUUAUUUUAUAGACUACAUAAUAUAUUGUCUUUCGAUCGUGUACUUUUGGUGAGAGGUUAGUUGGUCUCACACAGAACUGAAAAGGAAAGAGAGUAAUACAUUUGUGAGCACUAAAAGAAUAACGUACUUUGCCAUCGUUGAUGGUUGGUGUAAAAUCAAAUAUGAAGUUUCUAAAACUUAUAUUAACUUAUAGAACUUAAAAAAAUCUGUGUGUAUAAUCUGCUUGUACAUACACAUAUGUUAUAAUUACUUUACCUAUAUAAUUAUGCUCGUGCUUUAGAAACUAUCCCAUAAAACUGAACGAAUACCAGCUUUCAAAACGUUGUGUUUAAAUUGUUAACACCCUCACCAGUGACGCCUUUUUUAGUAUAAAAUAACAGUGUUUUCGAAUUUGUCGAAAUAUGAUUCUAUCUGUCGCAGAGUCAGAUAAAUUUAUUGCUACGAAAUUUCAAGAACAUCUAUUAUAAAGUUACUCUGUUUUAUAGAUUCGCUCACUCGACAAAACAAAUAUCUAAUUUUGUAUUCAAAGAGAUGGAAGUUUUUGGCACUUGAAAGGAAACAAGAAUUGCAAAUAUUCUUUGAGAAUUUCAGACAAGAUAGAUUAGCCGGAUUGGAAUUUACCAAUCCAAACAUUUGUUAGUUUUAUCUUUGGAAGUAGGAGCUCUUCAGAAGACAACUCAUUUAUUGCUGAAAUUUGUUACCGUUUGAAAUCCCUCGAUCUAUAAGACAUCUAGCGGCUAACGUGGGAACUCUUGCCGACGACGGAGGGCGCGGCGACUGGUAAGCAGCGCGCCGGGUGGAUUGUAGUGGAACUAGUGCAGCGCGUAAAACAAAGCUACUAAAGCAGACGAUGGUGUGGUGUUUACUUUGAUCUGCUCCUGAUUGGCGGGAAAAGUUUAUCUACAGUCAAUGGUUUCAUUAUAGUAGAGCUAAAAUUCUAAAGAAAUAUUCGAACACUCAUGUUUUUAUUAAUCGGUUCAUCGUUAUUAUUGUUUCACCAGUAUAACGUUUGCCUUCACAAUAGUUCAUUAGUUGUGGUCGCACAAUACUAUAAUACGAAUACUAAAAUCAGGGUUAUUUGUGAGAGUCGUGAAUUCAAGAUUAUGGUAAUUGUAACUAGAGUAUACUUUAAUAUUGUAAAACAAAUAUACCAAGAUUUUGUAAGGUUAUCAAGUACGAUAAACUUAUAUAAUUAAGGUUGGUCUGUUUCAAUAAACUUAAUUUAAUUUUAAUAUAAUAUAAAUAAUUGAUAAUUAUGAAAUUAUUCAAUUCAAUAAAUAGGCUAAGUAAAAAGCAACCGAUUUCUCAGCUUAUAGAUUUGUCUUAAAUCAGCGUGGUUUGUUAAAGCACAGCAUAUUAGUACACAAGCUACAAUGUUUAUAUUUUACACAUGGUUCAUUUAAAUCACAAAUAAAAACAUUAUAAAACAAUAUACAAAUUAUUAAAGAAAUUAU